AUGCUUCACGCACAGGCACAGAAGAAAGGAUCCCUGGUGAAUGAGCUGCCUGCUUGGCAGGCUCUCAAGGAGCAUGUAGGCGACAUAGAGAAAACUCAUCUUCGGGACCUGCUGCACGACGAGGCGCGGUGCAUGGCCCUCAUCAAGGAAUCGGAGGGCAUUUACUGCGACUUCACGCGUCAGCGUGUGACGCAGCGCACGCUCGAACUGUUGUACGAGCUUGCCGAGCAGAGCGAUCUGCGUGGCAAGAUCAAUGCCAUGUUCAACGGUGAACACAUCAACAGUACCGAGGACCGCGCCGUCCUGCAUGUGGCCACCCGUGCACACCGCAACCAGAAAAUCAUGGUUGAUGGCCGCAAUGUGGUGCCGGACGUCUGGGAGGUUCUGGACAAGAUCAAGGCCUUCUCGGAUAAGGUCCGCAACGGCGAGUGGGUGGGCGUGACGGGCAAGCCGCUCAAGAAGGUGGUUGCUAUUGGCAUUGGCGGCUCCUUCCUGGGUCCCCUCUUCGUCCACACCGCUCUGAGGACGGAGCCGAACGCCAUGCGCGCCAGCCGCGACCGCACACUGCGCUUCCUCGCGAACGUGGAUCCCAUUGACGUGGCGCGCGCUCUGGAUGGCCUGGACCCCGAGGAGACCUUGGUAGUGGUCAUUUCCAAGACCUUUACCACGGCGGAGACCAUGCUGAACGCGCGCACCGUUCGCAGCUGGCUCAUUGAGCGCUUGGGUCCUGACGCGGUCGCCAAGCACAUGGUCGCUGUCUCUACCAAUACCAAGCUAGUGAAGGAGUUUGGGAUCGACCCCGACAAUGCCUUCGGCUUCUGGGACUGGGUCGGCGGACGCUACUCAGUUUGCUCAGCUGUGGGCAUGCUGCCGCUGUCUCUGCAGUACGGCUUCGACAUCAUGCAGGAGUUCCUGGCUGGUGCGAACAACAUGGAUGAGCACUUCAAGAACCUGCCAUACCAGGACAACCUGCCGGUCUUGAUUGGCCUGCUGUCCGUCUGGAACGUGUCCUUCCUGGGCUACGGCGCCAAGGCCAUCCUGCCUUACUGUCAGGCGCUGUCCAAGCUGGCCCCGCACAUUCAGCAGGUGGACAUGGAGUCCAACGGCAAGGGCGUGGACAUCAACGGUGUUCGCCUGCCGUUCGAGACUGGCGAGAUUGACUUCGGCGAGCCCGGCACCAACGGCCAGCACUCGUUCUACCAGCUGAUUCACCAGGGCCGCGUUAUCCCUUGCGAGUUCAUUGGCAUCGUACGGAGCCAACAGUCCGUGUACCUCAAGGGCGAGGUCGUGUCAAACCACGACGAGCUCAUGUGCAACUUCUUCGCCCAGGCCGAUGCACUGGCGUACGGCAAGACCCCGGAGCAGCUCCGGAGUGACAACGUGCCGGACUACUUGAUUCCCCACCGCGUUUUCACCGGCAACCGGCCGUCUAUGUCCGUUAUGUUGCCCAGCUGCACGGCCUACACGGUGGGCCAGCUGCUGUCCAUGUACGAGCACCGCAUCGCCGUACAAGGCUUUAUCUGGAAUAUCAACUCGUUCGACCAGUGGGGCGUCGAGCUAGGCAAGGUGCUGGCUUCAAAGGUACGCACCGUCAUGAACAGCGCCCGCACACGGGACCGCAAGGUUCUUCCGCAGGAUGGCUUCAACUACAGCACCACACGCAUGAUUAACAAGUACCUUGAGGGCAAGACGCAGGUCCUCUACCCCGAGGGCCACGAUGUGUUCCCCAUUGACAUGCUUCGCGCGGGGCAUUGAGCGCAAUGAGGGGCAUCAGUGCAAAGCAGAUCGGGAUUUGCGAGAGCACACGUCGCUCUCCGGGCCAAUCAGCGGAGCGGGGGAGGAGAAGGGUCGAUGGGAGAACUGCCGGGGCUUCAGCAGCAGGAGCAGCAUUCACCGAUUAUGUCUAUGGAAAGUACGUUAUCUGGGCGGCUCCAUUUUCUGUUUGGGACAUGUCUGUCGUCGGUUCGUACUGAUUCGGGUCUUUUUGGUGAUGGUUUGAUCUGGGGAGGGUACGUUGGGGUUUACAAAGGGUGUGUGGCAGUUGAUGUGUACUGCAGUAUUCCUUCAUAUGGCGAUGCUUCUGUGUGCAAGUGCGGUAAAGUGUUACGACGGUUUGUGUGCAGUGCAUUCAGACGCUGCUCCGUUCGGCUUAUGGAAUGGGAUGACAUAUUGCGUUGUUUUAGUCGAGGCGGUUACUUCGUAGGUAUUAUUUGUGUGUGACGACGUAAUGCAAGUACGUAUUCUUUUCGUUUGUCAUGGCACGUGGCCGAGAUGCAUGCUGCGCUUGUUUUCUUUACACAAGAUUCAUUUUCCGAAUAUUUUCCUUGUAAAAAUAUGAAAUG